GUCCGCCGAGACGAGCGCACGCCGCCAUGAUCGACUACGCGCGCCCCUUCGACCAGACCAUGUGCGAGUACCUGCCACCCACGCCGCCGGCGCCCGCGCGCCUCGACGACUUCCAGGUGUUCAAGAAAGUGUCCUACGCGUACGACGCCUACUACCGCCCCUACGAUGGCUACGAGCCCGAUGUCGAGGCGGCCGGCGUCUACCACAGUCUCGUCGCGCCGCGUGAGCACCGCCCCGACCAGUGGCGGUACCGCGUCGUCGCCGUCUGGACCGAGGAGGACACCAUGGCCUGGGUGAUCGACUGCGCCGUCUCGCACGGCUACAACGAGUACGACGUGCCCGUCCACAACUUCAGGGUGCCGGGGUCGGAGCUGCGCGGCAUGCGGCGCGAGGAGGUGGCGCAGCGCAUGGCGCACCCGCGCGUCGACCCGCUGCUGUCGCGCAGCAUCGCCGACACCGUGUUCGAGGUGCUGCGCGUGCGGCUCGGCGAGGAGAUGCUGCGGCCGACGUACCGGUACGAGGAGUACCCCAACCCCGAGUCACAGGUGCUCGACCUGGACACCGUCAACCACCGCGGCCAGUACGCGCCGUACGGGGCGAGCGAAACGAGCUUCGCGCAGGCGGACUCCAGCGACGACGCCGAGGAUGUGUUCCGGUCGUCGGAGACGGCGUCGCCGGACGCCAGCGACGAGAGCAAGUCGGGCGACGAGGAGGACAAGCGGCGCGUGUUCAAGCGGCCCCCCGGCCGGCCGAAGGGCACGGGCCGCAAGGUGUGCAAGCGCCCGCGCAGCGUCUCCGUGCCCGAGUUCCUGCGGAACCUGCUGUUCGACGAGAAGUACUGCCCCUCCAUCAUCAAGUGGGAGGACCACUCGCAGGGGAAGUUCAGGUUCGUGAAGCCGGACGAGGUGGCGAAGCUGUGGGGGCAGAUGAAGCAGAACGACAACAUGACGUUCGAGAAGUUCAGCCGCGCCAUGCGCUACCACUACCGCCAGGCCGUGCUGGUGUCCGUGCCCACCGCGCGCCUCGUCUACCAGUUCGGCCACAAGGGGCCCGACUUCCGCACCGACAACCCCAACUUCAAGGUUAAGCUGGAGAGCGACCACGACGCCUGCAACUCCUAGUACGCCAGCGCGGAAUAGUCGCGCGCGGCCGAGUCGCUCGCGAGCACCCCGCUCGUGAGCGCGCCGGUGCUCGUGAGCGCCUGCUCGUGAGCGCUCGAGUGCCGCGUGGGCGACGGAUCGUGAAUCUUAUGUCCGGGCAUCUCGAGGCGCGCGAACAACGAAGUGAACUGUUUAGUAUUUUAAGCGAUAAAAGCGCCUCCCGCUCGGUGUUCGAGGUGUUUUUUCAGAUACGUCAUACGUGUAAUUAGAUAGAUAAGUAUAGAGGAGUAAUUAUUGUCAGUAAGUCUAGGAGUUGCUCAAGGAUGCGUUGUUGCGAGUUGUGUAGAUAAAAUAUGCAAAGUCUUUGUUGGAUUUGGAUCGUUCAGCUCAAUGGUCGGUGUUGCGGCUUUCGUGGUCGCCGCCGCCCGCGCCGUGGUCGCCGUGGUCGCGGGCGGGGGCGGCGCCCACGGGCCGGGUCGGUGCGAGGUCGGGUCGGGAUCGCUGUUGUUGCUUCGUCAAUUAACCCCCUCGUCGGGGAGUCCAUAUUAUUUUUUUAUGUAAUCUUAUACAAACGGUCGUCCGACUUCUUUGUAACGAAUUUUUGAUAAAUAUUUUUAACGUUUCGAUUGUUACCGACUAGGUUAAGCGUAGGCUAGGAACAAACGUUGAAAAUUCCACAUUCCACUUAAUUUAUUUAGCGCUAAGUGAGUUUAUUUAGUCGUAGAGCUCGAUGCCAUACGUGUUGUUGUACUUAAUUAGAUCCAGAAUUUAUAUUACGUUUAAGUUUCUCCGAGCGCCGCCCCCCGGGAGAGGUGUGGGGGGGUGCUCUUCGUCCCAGUGUCGGCGCGGAGUGCAAUAAUGACAAGAACAAGAUCUGUAGGCCAAAGAUUAAGUAGUUUUCAAAAGUGAAUCAUAUUUGUUGACACGAAAUGUGUUUAGUUGUAAGUGGUCUCAGGCGCCAGCUGUGAUGUGCGUUAGUCUGUAUAUAGUCUCGUCUCGUCUCGUCUCGUCGAGUCCCGCGAGCGGCGGGCCGGGCGCGGCCGACCGACGAUGGACGAUUGCUAGCCUACUGAGGGCUCCCACACAUUAUUGCGAAUUCGCAUCGCAUCGCAAAUAUUUGCGACAAAACUCAUAAUAAAAAUGACAUUGCGAUGCGAUGCGAAUUCGUGGUUAUGUGUGGAGCCCUAAAUUCAAGUCCACGAUAUUACAUUGAGUCGUCGGUCGCCCCCGCUCGGCCGCCCCACUCUCGACGUCAUGUUAAGGUUGUGUUAGGGCUCGUCCGGGCCCGAGUUAUUAGUUCGUAACGUCUCCGUCGCGAGGUAUAUUACUGUCCGUUCUCCCCAUGUUCAUCCCGACGUCUAUAGUACAAAACUGUGUCUUACGGUGUACGUCAUCAAAUAUUUAUU